AUGAGAGCGGUACUCAGCUCUCAACACACAGAUAGUAAAAUUCACACUGCCAGUAACACUCAAACAGCCAGUAACAUUCACACAGCCAGUAACAUUCACACAGCCAGCAACACUCAUACAGCCAGCAACACUCACAGAGCCAGCAACACUCACACAGCCAGCAACACUCACACAGCCAGCAACACUCACACAGCCAACAACACUCACACAGCCAGCAACACUCACACAGCCAGCAACACUCACACAGCCAGCAACACUCACACAGCCAGUAACACUCACAAAGCCAGCAACACUCACACAGCCAGCAACACUCACACAGCCAGCAACACUCACACAGCCAGCAACACUCACACAGCCAGCAACACUCACACAGCCAGCAACACUCACACAGCCAGCAACACUCACACAGCCAGCAACACUCACACAGCCAGCAACACUCACACAGCCAGGAACACUCACAAAGCCAGCAACACUCACACAGCCAGCAACACUCACACAACCAGCAACACUCACACAGCCAGUAACACUCAUACGGCCAGUAACAUUCACACGGCCAGUAACACUCACAAGGCCACUAACACUCAUACGGCCACUAACACUCAUACGGCCAGUAACACUCACACGGCCAGUAACACUCGCACGGGCCAUAACACUCAUACAGCCAGUAACAUUCACACGGCCAGUAACACUCACACGGCCAGUAACAUUCACACAGCCAGUAACAUUCACACGGCCAGUAACACUCACAAGGCCAGUAACAUUCACACGGCCAGUAAGACUCACACGGCCAGUAAGACUCACAAUGCCAGUAACAUUCACACGGCAAGUAACACUCACACAGCCAGUAACAUUCACACGGCCAGUAACACUCGCACGGGCCAUAACACUCAUACAGCCAGUAACAUUCACACGGCCAGUAACACUCACACGGCCAGUAACAUUCACACAGCCAGUAACAUUCACACGGCCAGUAACACUCACAAGGCCAGUAACAUUCACACGGCCAGUAAGACUCACACGGCCAGUAACAUUCACACGGCAAGUAACACUCAUACAGCCAGUAACAUUCACACGGCCAGUAACAUUCACACGGCAAGUAACACUCACACAGCCAGUAACAUUCACACGGCCAGUAACACUCGCAAGGGCCAUAACACUCAUACAGCCAGUAACAUUCACACGGCCAGUAACACUCACACGGCCAGUAACAUUCACACAGCCAGUAACAUUCACACGGCCAGUAACACUCACAAGGCCAGUAACAUUCACACGGCCAGUAAGACUCACACGGCCAGUAAGACUCACAAUGCCAGUAACAUUCACACGGCAAGUAACACUCACACAGCCAGUAACAUUCACACGGCCAGUAACACUCGCACGGGCCAGUAA